CCUCACUGUGGCCUGCGGCUGCCGGGCCGGUAGCGCCGCUUUCGGUCGCGCGGACUGGUGGUGUGGAACCGCGGGUCCCGGGUGUUCGCCGCCGGCCACAGCUCAGCCCAGCGCCGCCGAGCCCGUGAGCCCCGAACCUCCGCCAUGGACUUCGAGGACGAUUACACACACUCUGCUUGCAGAAAUACUUAUCAGGGCUUUAAUGGAAUGGAUCGUGAUUAUGGCCCCGGAUCUUAUGGAGGGAUGGACCGUGACUAUGGCCAUGGAUCCUAUGGGGGUCAAAGAUCCAUGGACUCCUACCUAAACCAGUCAUAUGGCAUGGACAAUCACAGUGGUGGUGGUGGGGGUAGCAGGUUUGGACCUUAUGAGUCUUACGACUCCAGGUCUUCUCUGGGUGGGCGAGAUCUGUACAGAUCUGGCUAUGGUUUUAAUGAACCCGAACAAAGCCGCUUCGGAGGUAGUUAUGGUGGUCGAUUUGAGAGCUCCUACCGGAAUAGCCUUGACUCUUUCGGAGGUAGAAACCAGGGCGGGUCUAGCUGGGAAGCACCUUACUCCCGUUCAAAAUUGAGGCCUGGGUUUAUGGAGGACAGAGGAAGAGAGAAUUACUCUUCCUACAGCAGUUUUUCUUCACCCCAUAUGAAGCCUGCACCUGUAGGCUCUCGGGGGAGAGGAACGCCUGCUUAUCCUGAAAGUACGUUUGGAAGCAGAAACUAUGAUGCUUUUGGAGGACCAUCAACAGGCAGAGGCCGAGGCCGAGGACAUAUGAGUGAUUUUGGAAGCAUUCAUAGACCUGGAAUUGUUGUUGACUAUCAAAACAAACCCACCAAUGUGACAGUUGCUGCUGCAAGAGGAAUAAAGAGAAAAAUGAUGCAACCAUUUAAUAAGCCUGGUGGAACCUUUAUCAAGAAACCCAAGCUAGCAAAACCUGUGGAGAAGAUGAGCCUCAGCAAAUCACCUAUUUUGACUUUUGCUGCUAUCCUAGCAAAAACUGACCCUAAAAAUGAGGAAGAAGAAAAGCGACGAAUUGAGGCUCGGCGAGAGAAACAAAGGCGCAGAAGAGAAAAAAACAGUGAGAAAUACGGAGAUGGAUACAGAAUGGCAUUCACAUGUUCAUUUUGUAAAUUCCGAACAUUUGAAGAAAAAGAUAUUGAACUACAUCUGGAAAGUUCUUCACACCAGGAAACACUAGAUCAUAUUCAGAAACAAACCAAAUUUGAUAAAGUAGUUAUGGAGUUUUUGCAUGAAUGUAUGGUGAAUAAAUUCAAGAAAACAUCUAUUCGUAAGCAACAGACAAAUAAUCAAACAGAAGUAGUUAAAAUAAUUGAAAAAGAUGUUAUGGAAGGUGUUACUGCAGAUGAUCACAUGAUGAAAGUAGAGACUGUUCACUGCAGUGCGUGCAGUGUGUAUAUCCCUGCUUUACAUAGCUCUGUGCAGCAGCACCUAAAAUCUCCUGAUCAUAUCAAAGGGAAGCAGGCUUAUAAGGAGCAAAUAAAAAGAGAAAGUGUCUUGACUGCAACAAGCAUUUUAAAUAAUCCAAUAGUGAAGGCACGAUAUGAACGUUUUGUUAAGGUGAAUGCAGAAAUUGUAACAGUAAUGCAGUCCAACAACAACAACAAAAAAAUAGUGACUGCAGCCCUAAUUGAAAUUCAAUUUUUGGGGAGAUAUGGCAUCAAAAAGGGUGAGAAUCCUUUUGAAAUUCAAGAUCAUUCUCAAGAUCAACAAAUAGAAGGAGAUGAGGAAGAGGAAGAAAAGAUUGAUGAACCUAUUGAAGAAGAGGAGGAGGAGGAAGAGGAAGAAGAGGAGGAAGUGGGGGAAGUAGAGGAAGUAGAAGAAGUGGAGGAAGCAGAGGAAGUGGGAGAAGGAGGAGGAGUAGAGGGAGUAGGAGACACAGAGGAAGCAGGGGACAUAGAGGCAGUGGGGGAAGGAGAGGCAGCGGGGGAAGGAGAGGCAGCGGGGGAAGGAGAGGCAGUGGGAGAAGGAGAGGCAGUAGAGGAAGAAGCAAAGGAAGAGCCUGUUGACUUCCCUGUUGACCAACCUGAAGAAAAUUAAAUAUAAGGUAUUAGUCAGAUUUAAAAGAAGCUUUAAAUUUCUCUCCUAAUAUGGAAAAGGGUAAGAAUUUUAAUAGUUUAAAAUAUGAGAAUUAACACCCAUGUUGCAUGCAUUCCACACAUUCAGAUUUGUUUUAUAUAAUUUCUAAAUGUUUGGCAUUUGUUUAAUAAAAUAAAGGUAAGACUAUUUUAGUUUAGUUUUUAUAGCUACCAAACUUAGAUUAGAUAAAUUGUUUGUAUAAUUUUUAAGCUUAAUUUUUAUUACUUUAUUGGUGUUAAGGAUAACAGAUGUGUAUUGUUAGUAUAUUUACUCUAAUCAUUUGAACUUAAAUGCUGCUGUUGGGAGUAUAUAUUCAAGUGUGCGUUAAUGUUUUGAAUACUUACCCUGGAAGAGAUAAAUUGGGCAAGUAUUUUGUGCUCUGACUGUGUAUUUUUUUACGGCAUUGGACAUUGAAUAGUAAUUUGCGUUAAGAUACGCUUAAAGGCUUUUUGUGACCAUGUUUCCCUUUGUAGCAAUAAAAUGAUUUUUACAAAAACUCUUUCCCUGGAUUAGCAAUUUUAAAUGAAACAGAAUUCAUUAAUUAAAUGAGUAUUUAAAAUGAGAUUUUUGCCUUAAUGUAGGAAUUUAGCUCACAGAUAUAUCAAGAUGAUUGAGAAGAGUUGAAUUAAAGAAAAAAUUUACUUCAAACAUUUUUUAAAAGUACUACUAAAAUAUUUUUUAACAUAUUUCAAGUUGAGGUCAGUCUAUAACUGACUUGUUUAUACUUGUUUCAGUUCCUUCCUUUUCUUUAUGCCUAUGUCAGUUCUUGAAAUCUUCUUGAAAAUACAUUUGGAUACAAAUAAUUUUUUAUAGUUGUGUUUGUUCUUUUGUCAUCUCUGUUUUUAGCUGAAGAACCAAGAAACAAUCACUUUUCUAAAAAAGUAUUUCUCUCUUGAAUUUUUUUUUUUUUAACUUCUGUAGUUUAUAGGCUUACAUACUGAAAAAGAGAAGAUGAGAUUGACAGUCUAUUUUCAAAUGACCGUCUGUGUCACUGAAAAGUAGUGCUCUUAUUUCUUUGAAUCUUCACUCUGGCCUCUUUUGAGAGAGGGACUCUCAGUGAAAUAAACUAGCUUCCCAAAAUUUUGAGGCAUUGAAUGGAUGAGUAUACGUACGGGAAUAUUAAGUAAUUUUAAAGCAUUAAGUACAUGAAUGUAUAGGCAUUUGUAGCAUUUCACGGGUAAUUUCUCUUUUUGCAUACAACAGAGCUUUUAAAAAUACAUUUUUGGGGGCCAAUAUGGGUUCAUUGUUUUGGGCUAAUUUGCUUAUCUUUAAGCUUUAAGUCCUUUGUAUCCACUUAUAGGAAUUUAGAGCCAAAUAAGAGGUUAGUUGAAGACUGGAGAAAUUUGGAUCCUAGAUAAGAGUCUGUAUUUACUUAAAUAGGCUUCAGAAAGCCUUUGUGCUCAGGAGUUAAAAUUUUAAGGAUAAUAGGACUUGAUCAGCGGUCUUGAUUCUCACUUACUUAUUUAGUUUCUCCUUUAUUUGAAAACAUUUAUGUAGGGGUAAGGUAAAAGGAGAACAGAUCCCUUUGGAUUAUAAUUAGUGGGUUCUUUUGGUACUAAGUAGGGUGU